UUCUUCCCGAAAAAAGCAACGAACAAAACGUGAGAGAGAGAGAGAGAGAGCAAUGAACACUUGUCGAAUAGUUCUCCAACGCAGGUUCCUUCCCGUGAGCAACUCCAAGAAGGAAAAAUUUGACAGAUUCAUACCGAACAGAUCAGCCAUGGAUUUCGACUAUGCUCACUUGGCUCUUAUGGAAGAAGAAGAAGAAGAGGUCAGUUCAUCCAGAAAAGCUUAUAGAAAGCAAUUGGCUGAGACUAUGGGUCUUAACCGAACUCGAAUCCUCGCAUUCACCAACAAACCACCUUCUACUUCUUCUCUUCAGCAUCAGCAUCAGCAUCAGCAUCAGCCUCCUAGACGCAUUCCUCAGCGUCCCGAGAGAACUUUGGAUGCUCCUGGCCUUGUGGAUGACUUCUAUCUCAACGUUCUCGACUGGAGCAGUGCUAAUGUCCUAGCCGUUGCCUUGGCCAACUCUGUUUGUCUCUGGGAUGCUUCCACUGGCUCCGUGACUACGCUUGUCACGUAUGGUGAAGAUCAAGGACCUGUCACAAGUCUAAACUGGGCACAUGAUGGUAUCAACCUUGGAGUUGGGCUCAACAAUGGUCAAGUUCACAUUUGGGACUGUGUAACCAAGACUCUACUGAGAACAUUGCAAGGCUUCCACCACACACGAGUUGGGUCCUUGGCCUGGAACAGUCAUAUAUUGACAACCGGGGGAAUGGACGGACGUAUCUUCAACAACGAUGUGCGGUUCAUGUCAUACCCUGUGUCUACUUACAAGGGUCACACUCAAGAGGUCUGUGGGCUCAAGUGGUCAGGAUCUGGUCAGCAACUAGCUAGCGGCGGAAACGACCGUCUAGUACAUAUAUGGGAUCGUUCUACUUGUACGCAGUGGCUGCACAGGCUCAGGGGGCAUACAUCUGCAGUUAAGGCUCUCGCUUGGUGUCCUUUCCAAAGCGAUUUGCUUGCAUCUGGCGGUGGUGCAGAAGAUAGGAAGAUCAAGUUCUGGAACACUCGCACAGGGGCUUGCUUGAAUUCGCUUGACACUGCUUCCCAAGUUUCUUCUCUCUUAUGGAGCAACAAUCAAAGAGAGCUGCUUUGCUCACAUGGGUCUCAGCUCACACUGUGGAAGUACCCAUCGAUGGUGAAAAUGGCUGAGCUCUCUGGUCAUACGUCAAGAGUUCUAUCUAUGACCCAGAGUCCAGAUGGUUGUACUGUAGUUUCAGCUGCAGGAGACGAGAAUCUGUGCUUUUGGAAUGUUUUUGGACUACCUGACACCACCGCCAAAAAAACUGUUCCAAAAGCAGCUCAUGAGCCGUUUUCUCAUGUCGCUCGUAUUCGUUGAAAACUCAACUACCCGAGGUUCCUUCU